AUGGGGACAGGGCUACGCAGUCAGUCCUUGCGAGGACCACGGCCCUCUUACGGCAAGCUCCAGGAGUCCUGGGGGAGGCCCACGGAAGGCCGACUGCGCCGGGCGCUGAGCCUCAAGCAGGGCCGUGAGAAAUCCCGGUCCUCAGAUGGAGGCCCAGAACGGCUGGAUACCCCUGGUCAGGAGCGGCUGCCCGGGAGCCUGGGGGACACGGAGCAGCUGAUCCAAGCGGAGCAAGAAGGCAGCCAGAGGUGGCUGCGGCAGUAUCAGCAGAAGAUCAGGAGAAGGUGGGAGAGCUUUGUCACCAGCUUCCCCAACGUGACCCUGAGCCGGUCAGCCUCCCCACAGCCCCCGCUGGGCACCACCAGCUAA